CGCACUCGCACCGGAGCGCGGCAGAAGCUGUUCGCAGUUGGUACCGCUUAUUGUACUCGUUUACCAGGGGGUACCGGGCUACAUUUUGCGCGCGUAAUCGAGUCGAAAAGUGCGUGACGUUUAUUGUUGAUGCUUGCCGGAAUCCGUGAGGCGAACGAUGUGGAACUGGUACUGUCUGUUCAUUUUGUUGAUAUACAUAGCAUCGUGCAAAAUAAGCUCCACAAAUGGCUACGAUACCCCCGGUGGACCGCAGUACCAUAUUCAAACAGACGAAGGACCAGAACGAUAUUUCCGGUACCAGACACUCAGCGGUCAGUACCGGAAGGAAAAACGACUCCACGACGGUACCGUCAUCGGUACUUACGCCUGGAUCGACGAUGACGGUAUAUUCAGGCAACGCGAUUAUGUAGCUGAUACGGGAGGAUACCGAAUCGUGAAAACGAAAAAUAUUUUGGUGGGCAGAGACAUGCCGAUCGCCGACGCCCUGAAGACGGCCAAAAAAUUCCCUUCGUCCGUCGACGUGCUUCAAUCUGCUAAAUCCGGACCUGUCUCGGUACGACCGCAGCCGCCACCUUUCAUCGCGACCACCCCAGUUCCUAGUUCUUCGUUCUCGCCCAUCGUCGAGAUAUCCAACAACGCGUUGCCUUCGUCCACCACGUUGCCUUUGGAGGUGACCUCCACCGCCGGCUCUUUCGUAUCUUCUACUGAGCGGCCGUUUGUAGAAAUCACGCCCAAUUCCAUCGACUCAACCCCUAAACCUUUCGUCAUUACUCCAGCCGAUACCCGUUUAACUGACUUCCUUGUACCCUCGUCCACACCGAAGCCUUUGGUGAUCACACCAGCACAUACCCAGUUAGCUGGUGACGUUAAGUAUAUCCAACCGCUGCCGAAUUACGAAACGGUACCCAUGUACACGGAACCCAAUCAAAAACUCGACUUUAACCCUUACGUCAGCCCCGUAAACAAGGGUUAUCUUUUCCAUAACGGUCCCACCUAUCCUAUAGAUAGGAACGGUCGUACUUAUAGGGGUAGCAGAUACGUCAGCGCUAGCCCUAGGAUAGGCGAUGACUACGACAAGCGACACUCUGGGUACGACGGGGUGUCCGUAACGAACGACGGGUUCAGGUAUUACAUCCCUCGAGCGUACCACGAGGAGGCCACCUUACCAGGAAACGAAAGAACGGGCAGUUUCGGGUACAUCGAUCCCUUUGGAAUCAGAAGGGUGAUCUACUACAACACCAAACCGGGUUCCGGGUUCCAACACAGGAAGAAUAAUAGAUACGUCGGAUUCGACGCCACCCCAUACGAUCCUAGACCGUACUGACACGAAGAGCUAGACUGUGAUAGCAUGUUAUAUACAGUGCGGCGGUACCGGUGGAUCGACCAACGUCCAAUUCGUUGAAGAACGUUUUUAAUUUAUUUUGGAGUGUGGGUGCCAUGACGGAUUCCUAGGAUUAAAGUUUAUGUGUUGUAUAGGCUCUAGUCCAGGAAGCCGUAUACCUGUAAAAAGUUGCAAAGGGGAGUUUUCUUGUGGUGGUACCUUCGGUCGUGAUAGUGUCGGGUAGUUUUAGGGGAAUAUUUGUGCCUGUAUACCCUGUUCGUUCGGAAGGGCAAGCUAGCUUUUUGUACCAGUACCAUCGAAAGUGACAAGUGGUACUCGUAUUUCUUCGAUCAAAUAUUUCAACAAUUAGUAAUUGAAAGCUGCUUAACCCCAAAUAAUAUAAAUCGAAGCUACAAUUAUAUUAUUAAAAUUAUAUCUGGGACCAAUAAUGUAACAAAUAAAUUAUAAAAAAUUAGUGUUCACUUGCUUCGUAACUGUUGAAAUAAUUAAAUGCAAAAAAUUAAAUGGAUAGCUGUAAAAAGUCUCUACAAACUGGAUAGAACGUGUACCUAACGUCGACGUUUUUUCUUUGAACUCUGGAGGGCCAUUCAGACUGCACUUCCGUUCAAAUUUCAAAUGGUCAAUGACUUAAUCCUUUGUCGAGAUAUUUGGAUUUUUAUUGUUCGUUGCUUUAUACCGGAAGAUUCAAAUUCUUUUUAAUAAACAAAUUUUAUUGAAUUGUCGUCAGCUAUGCUAAACAGAUUUUUUUAGUGAGUAACUCUCACGUCUAAGUAGCAUCGUACUUUCUUACUAAAAACAAAAAAAAUGCACUGAAAAAUUCGAUUUUUAUUCGACUUGCAUGUCGGAAAGUGUGUAAUGUUGUACAGACCUUUCAAAGACACCCAGUAUAAAUCCAAUUUGAUCAUUGGAAUAGGAUAUCGUUUCGUUGUCCCCUUCUCAACGAACAGACUAAUUUAUUGCUUCGAGUUCGAAAACGAAACGAAUUCAGAAACUUCGAGUUUCAAACGAGUGUGAAAAUUGAAUGGAAAUCUCCACAUUACAUUUGCGCAAGUUGUAAAUAUAUAAUUACCUACAUAUUCUAAUCACCUACCUAAACGUAUUAACACGCUCAUUUUUAAUGUGGAUCUUGAAAAAUGUUUUUUUUUUUUAAAUAAAAUUUAUUU